UGCCGGUCCUGGCGCGCCCUGACCAACGGCCUUGCGGGUGCUGGUCCCGCCUGCGCCGGCUCCGAUGGCGGCGGUGCCGCCGCCGGUCUACGUAUACAGCCCGGAGUACGUGGCCCUCUGCGACUCCCUCUGCAAAGUGCCCAAGCGGGCCAGCAUGGUGCACUCACUGAUUGAAGCGUAUUGCUUACUUGAUCAGAUGAAAUCAGACCUGAAGGACUGUUGGCCCUUGCAUGGGGUGAGAAGCAUCGGGGCCAGCCUGGAGCUGGGAGCUUCCUGUGUUCUUCCUGUAGUGAUGGAGCUGUGCUGCACUGCCUGUGUGUGCUCCCAGUGUCCAAGGAUAGUUAAGCCAAAAGUGGCCUCCAUGGAGGAAAUGGCAAGUUUCCACACAGAUGCUUACCUGCAGCACCUGCAGAAGGUCAGUGAGGAGGGGGAUGAUGACCACCCGGAGUCUGUGGAGUAUGGACUGGGUUACGACUGUCCAGCCACUGAAGGGAUCUUUGAAUAUGCAGCAGCCGUGGGAGGAGCCACCAUCACUGCAGCCCAGUGCCUGCUGGACGGCAAGUGCAAGGUAGCAAUUAACUGGCCUGGAGGGUGGCAUCAUGCAAAGAAACAUUGUUUUCACAGGGAUGAAGCUUCUGGCUUCUGUUACCUGAAUGACGCUGUCUUGGGGAUCCUGCGGCUGCGCCAGAAAUUUGACCGUGUCCUUUAUAUCGAUUUGGAUUUGCAUCAUGGGGAUGGAGUCGAGGAUGCCUUUAGUUUCACCUCGAAAGUCAUGACUGUUUCUCUGCACAAAUUUUCACCAGGAUUUUUCCCAGGCACUGGUGAUGUGACAGAUGUUGGCCUGGGAAAAGGUCGCUAUUACAGCGUGAAUGUGCCCAUUCAAGAUGGCAUUCGGGAUGAAAAAUAUUACCAGAUCUGUGAAUCAGUGCUGGAGGAGGUAUAUGCUGCCUUCAACCCUGAUGCAGUUGUGCUGCAGCUGGGGGCAGACACCAUUGCUGGAGACCCCAUGUGCUCCUUCAACAUGACACCUGAGGGAGUGGGCAAGUGCCUCAAGUAUGUCCUGCAGUGGCAGCUGGCAACUCUUGUCCUCGGAGGAGGAGGUUACAACCUUGCCAACACGGCCCGCUGCUGGACAUACUUGACUGGGGUCAUCCUUGGGCGAACACUGUCCUCUGAGAUCCCUGAUCAUGAGUUCUUCACAGAGUAUGGUCCUGAUUAUGUGCUGGAGAUUACACCAAGCUGCAGACCAGACCGCAAUGAGACACAGAGAAUUCAAGAAAUUCUGAACUCUAUCAAAGGGAAUCUGAAGCACAUUGUUUAGCAGAAAAGGAAGGCUCAGGCAAGAGCAUUUCCUGUGGAGAAGACAGCAUAUUUAUGUGAACAACAGGUGAAAUUUGUGGCUGCAGGGAAACAUUCGGCAAAAGUACUGUUGGUUGGUUUAUUUUUUUUUUCCUCUUUAAAGAAGAAAAGCUGCUGCAUGCCACGAGCACCGUGGCUCUCCCCAGACAGGAGUGUGGACCCUCCAACCACAGCCUUCCAGUGCUGGCAGAGCCUCCCCUGCUCCUUUCUCUUUCCUUUUUUAAUACCACAGUUUGUUCUUGCAACUGCUUUUAAAUGUAUUUUAAGAGAGGGGCUACUCAGAGCGGUGAGCCCUCCCCAGCUGGAGCCCAGUCCUGUGUUAUCUACCUGGCAGGGCCACAGCCUCAUAGCUGCCCACUUGAGAAGUACAGCCUGAGGGCUACCCUGGGGCACCCACAGAAAGGCACAGCCAUUGUGUUUUUAACUGAGAAUUUUUAAAAAAUAAAAUACUUGACAUAUUCCUUCAGCCCCUUCCUUUCUUCUUCAACCCACCCUGCUUUGCCACUGCUAUUUUCCACAGCACCCUGCCACCACUGUAGAGCCAUUUGUGAGCUCCUGAAACUCUGCACAGAGGGGCCAGACCCUGGAGAGCCUCUCAAGAGUGUCGAGGGAGAUGCAGGGCAUUGUGGCAGCUCCUGUCCUGGGAGAUCCUGGAUGAAUUUCCAGAUGCUCUGGUGCUCCAUGAGAGCUGCCAUAAGAUGUCUCAGCAAGGGAACAGGUAUACAGGUAUCUGGGGCAGAUCUCUCCUAGUGCCAGGGGCCAUGGAGCCUGGCCUCUGCUGCCCUUGUCCCCUCAUUCUCCUGACCCAUGGACUUUUUAUUGUGCUGGGUUUUUUAAAGAUGUCCAGUCACUGUGGGAAAGCAUAUUUCCUGUGGCUUUAAUUAGAUUAUGCUGGAAGAAACAGUAAGACAAAGGGGCUCCAAGCCUGGCCUUGUCUUUGUGUUUUGCUCUGUUGGUUUUUACUGCAGAUUGAAAUAACAGGAAAUCUGGUGUGGAGAUAGGUGAGCAGGAUGUGGAUCCCAUGACUCCUGACCCCUUGCCUACUUCCAUGUACCCCUGGCACCUGGUGUGGUGUGACCAGUCUUGUGUCGUAACAGCUGGCAGGAGACUGGUGCUGCCACUGCCUCAGCAAAGGAUCCCAGUGUCUGGGGGGGAUGUCAGGAUUGGGGAAUGCCCAUCCAGGGAAAAAGGUGAGGAAUGAGAGAGUAGAGAAGCUGGCUAGCUGCUGUUUCUGACCGACCUCAGGGCCCCAUGUGCUCUGACCCCCAGGCAGACUGCCCUGUGAGCUGUGGGAGCUAUUUCAGGAACACAGCUGGGAAAAUAGCCAAUUGGAAACGUCACAAGUGUCAAGUGUUGUGGCUUUAGGUGAGGUGCCUCUUGGGUGGAAAUCCCUACAUCCCCCAUCCAGAAGUGGGAUAUGCCCGCCUUGCCGCACACGCAAGCGCAGGGGUAAGCCGGGGCGCUCUCCAGUUCCCUUCCUGUCUGGCUGCGUCGCUGGAGCCCACCCGCCCGGGACAGCCCGCGCCCCUCUGUGCGCUGCCGUAUCCUAGUAGACACCGGAGAUGAGCUGUUUCCAGUCCCCUCCCCGGAGCGAUCCUGCGCUGCUACCCCUUCGGGGCUGAGGAGGUGCCGGCGGUAGGGCCUGCUCCCCGCCUCUGUGGCCCUCCCAGGCAGGUUCCAUCUCCUGGUCAACUUGUGCCUGCAGAAGCUCCACGUCCACAAGUGCGUCGCGGAGAGAGUCCGGAGCCCGGCUCGCCUGGGACUUGGGGACGCAGCCCCGGGACGCGGGGAGCCGCCGCCUCCAGGCCGCUGGUCCCGGCCUCAUGGACUCGGACCCGGUAGACUAGGUGCUCGGGGCGCUGCUGGUGGAGCUUGGCUUCAACAGGACACACGAGCUGCUGGAGCUCUGGCUCGGUCACCACGAGCUCGACUCCCGGACCUGCUGGCCGGCUACUGAGGCUGGAGCGCGGCUGGGCCGGGGGGCUCGUACCUCACCCCAGCGGUGAGCAGCGUCCCGGCUGCACCAGGCACCAGGAACGCUCGGAACACGGCCGAGAGUGGGAAGGGGCGGGAGAAGGAGUUUGGGCCGUGCUGCCUGUCCCAAAAUGCGCAGGCAAAGCUGCCGUGUAAUAAAAUCUGGAAGGAUCGUUGUUCUGUCGGCUGUGGCCCUUGUCCGUUUCGGCGAAGAACUUUGUGUGAAGCAGCCCUUGGUGGAAGGAGGGUGGGUGCCCCACAGCUUCAGUGCAUCUUCUCGGCUUAUGAUUUUCCCAUCCUGUUGUUGAAAAUUAUACAACUUUCUUAGUAAAUUUUCUAAUUAAAAUUUCUAAUUAAUUGUUUUAAUCAAUCAUGAACAGUGUAAUUUUCCACUGUAGCCAAGCAUUUAGUGAGGUUUGUCAUAAGCUGUGCUAUUUCCUAGGCCGGGAAAAUUAAUAAAACUUAAAUUUUGCUAAACCAA